AUGCAUUCGGCAACAGCUACAUGUACUGACGAAAAAUACAGAGAAGUAACGAAAACGAUAGAACAGAACCACGCGGGGUCAGUUUUAAGGACGUCGUCCUGGAACUCCAAGUUGGGAUGUGCUAGUACAUGCGAUACCUCCCGGUGUAUGUCCUUCUCCUUCAGCUCUACAACAAAGGAAUGUAAGACGUAUGAGGAGGAGAUUUGUUACAGGGACGAUGGUGUCGAGUCAUCUUCACUCAGAUUCUACACGAAGGUAGUCCAGCUUGACUCUUUAAAUAACUGUGGAGAUGUCCCAACAGUCCAUUGUUCAGGAGUGUAUACCCUUACACCUGCCGGCAGUAACGUUGAUGUGUUUUGUGAUAUGGACACAGUCGGAGGACCGUGGACGAUUAUCGCCAGCAGAUACGACGGAUCAGUUGACUUUUACAAGUCUUGGAAUGAGUACAAGAGUGGUUUUGGAAGUUUGACUGGAGAGUUCUGGCUAGGUUUCGAGAAUGUAAGACUACUACUAGCCCAGAAAAUGAAGCUUCGGAUUGAAAUGGAAGGAUGGAGUGGCCCUCUUAAAUAUGUAGAAUACGAUACUUUCGAUCUUUCUGACGAGGCUUCUGAAUACACUUUGACUAUUGGCGAAUACAGCUCGCCAGACAGACUAUAUGACGCCCUCGAUUACCACAAUGGCCGGCCUUUCUCCACCUUUGACAACGACAAUGAUAGCGGCGACAAUUGUGCUAUAACUGCACACGGAGCAUGGUGGUAUAAAAAUUGCCUUGACUCCAAUUUGUUUGGGAAAUACAUGUCAAAAAAUGCCUAUACAUCCAUGGUUUGGCUUCAUUUCUACGCCAACAGCACCAUGUACGUAACAGUUAAAACAGUCAGGAUGAUGCUCAGGAAAAAGUAA